GUCUGAAAGACUUGGCACUGGAGGUGAAAUAUUACAGACACUUGGCACCUGAUCACUUGCUUCAAAUAUGCCAUCGACUUGGACCGCUUCUAGAGCAAGAAAUUCCCCAAAGUGUCCCUGGAGUGCAGACGUUAUUAGGAGCUGGCAGACAGUCUUUGCUUCGUACAAACAAAAGUUGCAAACAUGUGGUAUGGAAGGGAUCUGCUCUUGCAGCACUACAUUGUGGGAGGCCUCCAGAGUCCCCUGUAAAUUAUGGCAGUCCACCUAGUAUAGUGGAUACCCUGUUUUCAAGAAAACUAAAUGGAAAAUACAGACUUGAACGCCUUGUUCCAACUGCAGUCUACCAACAUAUGAAGAUGCACAAACGAAUUUUAGGACACUUAUCUUCUGUAUACUGUGUAACUUUUGAUCGGACUGGCAGGCGAAUAUUUACUGGAUCAGAUGAUUGCCUUGUAAAAAUCUGGGCAACCGAUGAUGGAAGGUUGUUGGCUACCCUGAGAGGGCAUGCAGCUGAAAUAUCUGAUAUGGCAGUGAACUAUGAAAACACCAUGAUAGCUGCUGGAAGCUGUGAUAAAAUGAUCAGAGUUUGGUGCCUUCGAACUUGUGCACCCUUAGCAGUUCUGCAGGGCCAUAGUGCAUCUAUAACAUCACUGCAGUUCUCUCCACUGUGCAGUGGCUCAAAGAGAUACUUAUCUUCAACCGGGGCAGAUGGAACAAUAUGCUUUUGGCUGUGGGAUGCUGGCACCCUUAAAAUAAAUCCAAGGCCAACGAAGUUUACAGAACGACCUCGGCCCGGAGUCCAAAUGAUCUGUUCUUCUUUCAGUGCUGGUGGGAUGUUUUUGGCCACUGGGAGUACAGAUCACAUCAUUAGGGUUUAUUUCUUUGGAUCAGGUCAGCCAGAGAAGAUAUCAGAGUUGGAGUUUCAUACUGACAAAGUUGACAGCAUUCAGUUUUCUAAUAGUAGUAGCAGAUUUGUGAGUGGAAGUCGUGAUGGAACAGCACGAAUCUGGCAAUUUAAGCGAAGGGAAUGGAAAAGCAUUUUGUUAGAUAUGGCUACUCGCCCAGCAGGACAAAGUUUACAAGGAGUUGAAGACAAAAUCACAAAGCUGAAAGUGACCAUGGUGGCAUGGGACCGCCAUGACAACUCUGUUAUAACUGCAGUAAAUAACAUGACUCUGAAAGUUUGGAACUCUUUCACUGGCCAACUCAUUCAUAUUCUGAUGGGACAUGAAGAUGAAGUGUUUGUACUUGAACCUCAUCCAUUUGAUCCAAGAGUUCUCUUCUCCGCAGGACAUGAUGGAAAUGUCAUAGUUUGGGAUUUGGCAAGAGGGGUCAAAAUCCGGUCUUACUUCAACAUGAUUGAAGGACAAGGACAUGGUGCGGUUUUUGACUGCAAGUGCUCUCCUGAUGGACAGCAUUUUGCAUGUACUGAUUCUCACGGUCACCUUCUGAUUUUUGGCUUUGGUUCCAGUAGCAAAUACGACAAGAUAGCAGAUCAGAUGUUCUUUCAUAGUGAUUAUCGGCCCCUUAUCCGUGAUGCCAACAACUUUGUCCUGGACGAACAGACACAGCAGGCUCCACACCUUAUGCCUCCCCCAUUUUUGGUUGAUGUGGAUGGCAACCCUCAUCCUGCAAGGUAUCAAAGGCUAGUUCCUGGUCGUGAGAACUGCAGGGAGGAACAGCUUAUUCCUCAGAUGGGAGUGACAUCUUCAGGCCUGAAUCAAGUUCUUAGUCAACAAGCAAAUCAAGAAGUUAGUCCAUUGGAUAGCAUGAUUCAAAGACUUCAGCAAGAGCAGGACCAGAGACGUUCUGGGGAGGCAGGAACCAGUAGUACCAGCCGGAUAAGCAGAGGAUCUGUAAGUUCUACCUCAGAAGUACAUUCACCACCAAAUAUAGGAUUAAGACGUAGUGGACAAAUUGAAGGUGUGCGUCAGAUGCAUAGCAAUGCACCAAGAAGUGAAAUAGCCACUGAGCGCGACCUUGUGGCUUGGAGUCGAAGGGUUGUAGUGCCUGAACUGUCUUCUGGUGUGGCCAGUAGGCAGGAAGAAUGGAGAACAGCAAAGGGAGAAGAAGAAGUAAGAGUGUAUCGAUCGAUACCUACUUUCCCUAAGAAUCAUUCUCAUGACCACUUACUAGACACUAGUGACUCAAGAAAACAACAAGCUAAUCAGCACAACUACCGUACAAGAUAUGCAGUAGAAGAAACUGCAAGGCCUGCUGAAGAGUUAGAAAAUGGACACAGUUCCUCAGACGAAGGAGAAGUAGUUGUUGCCAGUGGUGGAACAUCAGAAGAUGACGAAAGAGCAUGGCACAGUGAUGGCAGUUCUAGUGACUAUUCUAGUGAUUAUUCUGACUGGACAGCAGAUGCAGGAAUCAAUUUGCAACCGCCAAAGAAAAUUCCUAAAAUUAAAACAAAGAAAGCAGGAAGUAGUUCAGAGGAUGAAGAAGGACCUGAAAAACAAAAGAAGCAAAUUAAAAAGGAAAGGAAAAAAGGGAUUGAGGAGAAAGAUGGACCAUCAACAUCACCAAAGAAGAGGAAACCCAAAGAGAGAAAACAAAAGAGGCUGGCUGUAGGAGUUCUGACAGAAAAUGGUUUGACACUGGAAGAAUGGCUGCCUUCAGCAUGGAUUACAGACACUGUUCCUCGUCGGUGCCCAUUUGUGCCACAGAUGGGGGAUGAGGUCUACUAUUUCCGACAAGGUCAUGAAGCAUAUGUUGUAAUGGCUAAGAAGAACAAAAUAUAUAGUAUUAAUCCCAAGAAACAACCAUGGCAUAAAAUGGAAUUACGGGAGCAAGAGCUGAUGAAAAUAGUUGGGAUUAAGUAUGAAGUGGGAUUGCCUACUCUCUGCUGUCUUAAACUAGCUUUUCUUGACCCUGAUACGGGUAAACUAACUGGAGGAUCAUUCACCAUGAAGUACCAUGAUAUGCCAGAUGUCAUAGAUUUCCUAGUUUUGAGGCAGCAGUUUGAUGAUGCAAAACACAGGCGAUGGAAUAUAGGUGAUCGUUUCAGGUCAGUGAUAGAUGAUGCUUGGUGGUUUGGAACAAUUGAAAGCCAGGAACCUCUUCAGCCUGAUUAUCCUGAUAGCUUAUUUCAGUGCUACAAUGUCUGCUGGGACAAUGGUGAUACUGAGAAGAUGAGCCCUUGGGACAUGGAGCUGAUACCAAGUAAUGCUGUAUUUCCAGAAGAACUGGGAACUAGUGUUCCUUUAACAGAUGAUGAACGUAGAACGCUGCUCUACAAGCCUCUGGAUGGAGAGUGGGGUUCCAGGACCCGAGAUGAGGAGUGCGACAGAAUUAUUGCAGGGAUACACCAACUCAUGACUCUAGAUAUUGCUUCUGCAUUUGUGGCACCUGUGGAUCUUCAAGCUUAUCCAAUGUAUUGCACUGUUGUGGCAUAUCCCACAGACCUCAGUACCAUUAAACAAAGACUGGAAAGCAGAUUUUACAGGCGCCUUUCUUCAUUGAUGUGGGAAGUCCGGUACAUAGAACAUAACACUCGUACGUUUAAUGAACCUGGAAGUCCUAUUGUCAAAUCUGCCAAAUUUGUCACAGAUCUCCUGCUACACUUCAUAAAAGACCAGAGUUGCUAUGACAUAAUUCCAUUAUACAAUGCAAUGAAGAAGAAAGUGUUGUCUGACUCUGAUGAGGAAGAAGAGAAAGAUACAAAUGUGCCAGGAACUUCCACUAGAAAAAGAAAGGAUCAUCAGCCAAAGCGGCGGCUACGUAAUAGAGCUCAGUCAUAUGACAUUCAGUCAUGGAAGAAGCAGUGCCAGGAGCUGCUGAAUCUUAUUUUUCAGUGUGAAGACUCUGAACCGUUUCGACAGCCAGUGGAUCUCCUUGAAUAUCCAGAUUAUAGAGAUAUUAUUGACACUCCUAUGGAUUUUGCUACUGUUAGAGAAACACUGGAAGCCGGAAACUAUGAGUCACCGAUGGAGUUAUGUAAAGAUGUGAGACUUAUUUUCAGCAAUUCCAAGGCCUAUACACCAAGUAAAAGAUCGAGGAUCUACAGCAUGAGCUUGCGCCUUUCUGCUUUCUUUGAAGAACACAUAAGUUCUAUUUUAUCAGAUUAUAAAUCUGCCCUACGCUUUCAUAAAAGAAACACAAUAAAGAAACGAAGGAAAAAAAGAAGUAGAAGCAGCUCGGUUUCCAGUAGCGUUGCAUCCAGCCCUGAGAGGAAGAGGAGAUUAAUAAAACCUCAGCCAAAGGCAGAAACUUCUGCCCCUUCGUCAUCAUCUGCACCUGCACGGUCAACUGCACUGAGACAUGCUCCACCUCAGAUGAAUGGAAAAGCAGCUGAAACCUCUUCCCUUGUGCGGACUAGAAGCAAUAGGGGGAUAACAGAUGUAGCUGUUACAGAGCAACCAUCUACUUCUUCAGGAGCAAAGCCUUUAACAAUAAAGCCUUUAAUUACAAAGCCUAAUACUACUGCAGGGUCAGGAAAGUCAGUACUGGAGAAUUCAACCAAACAUUCCAAGAACCAGAAUAUUGUAUCAGUCCCUAGUCAGUCUGAUUACAGUCACAACACUAGGAAUAACUCCACAAGAGAAAAUGCCGAGAAAGAGAAGCAAAUCAAGCGCAAAGUAAAAUCGUCCACUGUUAAUCAACAAGCAGAUUGCAAGAAUAAUGCUUUGGCAUCAGGAAGCAUUCAGGUGAACGGACAUGGAGGACAGCCUUCGAAACCUCCUGUUAAAAGAGGUCCCGGACGGAAACCGAAGGUGGAGACUAAUAACAGUAGCUGUGAAGUGGUGCACAAGAAGAGAGGCAGAAAACCAAAAAAGCUACAAAUUGUUGAACAGCAAAAGGUCUCAGAGCAGAAUACAGUCCCGACCGCAAGGGAUACACCAGAAGAAGCCUCUGCUUCUACUGCAUGCAAUUCUCUUUCUGAAAACAAUAUGAAGGAAGACUUGUUACAAAAAAAAGGCCGUGGGGGUAGAAAGCCAAAAAGGAAGAUAAAGACCCAUCAGCCAGGCUCGGACCUCUUAGUUCCUGCGAAUGUUAAAAUGCAGACAAGAAGCAGGAGGAAAAAGAUAGAUGAGCCUAUGGAGGAGGGGUCUGAAGAGCUUAAAGAGUCUGAACCUCACAUGAGAACUAGAAACCAGGGUAGGAGGACAGCCUUUUACAAUGAAGAUGACUCUGAGGAAGAGCAAAGGCAGCUAUUGUUUGAAGACACCUCCUUAACUUUUGGAACGUCUAGCAGAGGCCGAGUCCGAAAGUUGACUGAAAAAGCAAAAGCUAAUUUAAUUGGUUGGUAAUUUUUACCAAGGGUUUUAUUCAGAAUGCUAUGGAGCAGGUACCAUUAAGGAACAGCAGAACAGACUUCUGCUUCCCUGCUGCUAUUAUGGGUUAGAAGAGUAUGUUCUGAUUUGGGGAGAAAAAUUUAGCAAAAAAUAAACUGAAAGAACAUUCUUUGAAAGAAAUAUAUAUUUUAAACUUUUGCUAUUUAUUGCCCUCCAAAUAGGUUCUGCAUUUCAACAGUCAUUUUGUUCACAGUUGAGAAUAAUCGAAGCAAUUUCUGACUGAUGUACGGAGUUGAGAACUACUCUGCUCGCGUAGUGCGUAGUAUCUCUACACAAUUAAAAAAAGGUUGAUAGAACUUUUAACGCCACAAACUGAAAACAGAAGUCUAUUUUUGACCAAGCAAGGUACACAUUGAUUGUAAAGUCAAGUUGCCUAGGAAGGCAGAUUUUGGCAAAAAGUGGCAGUAAAUUCACUUACGUUUCUAUUAAACACAAAAAUACCAAACUUUGCUAAUCUGAAAAUGCUUAAUUUCAGUAGCGAUGGAACGUUCAACUGCAAAAGAAGCCUAGCACAGGCUGUCGGUUUAUCCAAGUUCUGCCAAACAUAGCAAAAAUGUAAUCACAAAGAUAUAUAUAUAUCCACAUUGGAAAAAGUUUGACUAAUGUCUAAUUUUUCAGACCUUGAUUCUUGUAUCAAUCACUAAAUCUCUGUUUAUUGUGCCAAAGACUGAGAAUCAGUGCAGUGGAAAGCCUUUUUUUCUUUUUGAGUGUCAGUACAGCAUACCAUUUGCAGUGAUAAAAGCUGUGUAUUGUUUUAAAUAGUAAGUUGUUAACAUUGUUCUGAAAUGUAUCCUUUUUGGUACUUUUGGUAGAAAAUAAUGCACUGGUGGGGUCCUUUGACAGAGAUGUGUUAGACAAAAUGUAAAAUUGGUUAAAGGAUUCAAGGAAAUUACAGGACAGGUAUGGAAUGAUGAUGUUUACUUUCUGAUCCAGAUUGAUUGUUGUUUCUACAACUUUAGACAUGCUUAAGAGGCUAAAAUGACCUACAAAGAAGAGUGUAUGUGUAUAUAUUAAUAUAUACAUAAACACAUACAUAUAAAAUAUUACCCAGGUAUAAAUUUUUUUCAGGAUUUUUUAGAUAGCACUAGAACUGAAAAUAAAUUUUAAAAUGUCAUACUUUAUAGUUUAAUUUUAAGGGGAAGAUUGGUUAUUUUCAAUUAUUAAGGUUAAAAGGCCAAAUCACUUUUUAUGCAAUCAUGUUUUAUACAGUGGUCUCAUUGCACAUUGUGUUUUUCUGCACUUUUUAUGGUAUAUCACGCUGACAUAAGUCAAUAUACACCCUAAAGAAAAAUUCCAUUUAAUGAUUGUGCCUUGUAUUCUAUUAUUUCUUGCAUCCUUAGUAAAAUUAAGUUGUCUAUUGUAAAUGAUAACUAUAUGACUUAGGGGAAUGUAUUGUUAUAUGUACUGCUCUGGAAAAGAAAAGCAGUUAUUUAUUUGUUUAUGGUACAUUUAGUUAUUUUAUACCUUUACAAACAAACUUUAAUACCAUUUUCUAUCACUUAAAAAAGUAUUGUCCAGUUUUAAGGAAAAAAAAAAAUACAGAAGUAGUCGUAUAUUCUGAGAUCUGGUAUGGUACAAAAAUGUAACCAAAAUUUUCUGGUUAUACGUUAUUUUGGAAGUUUGGGUAGUAUGAAAGAUUUUUUUUUUGUGUGUGUGACCCUAACGUAGUUGAAAAAAUAAACCUGAAAUGAAACCUCAAUUCUGCACACCCUUACUUUAUAAUAAUCCUUUUGUUUGGUUGGUUUUGUUUUGUUCUGGUUUUUUUUUUUUGGUUUUUUUUUGGUUUGUUUGGUUUUUUUUAACAAACCUCAACUGCAGUAUCUGGAAGAGAGGGCAUACAGAAUUAAGACCUUAAAUUUGCACAGAUUCUGUAUACUUAUUUGAGGCCUAAUUCUUCACUCUCUAUUUUCUGUUACAAAAGACCCUUAAAUGGUUGAACAAAGAACAUUGGUGUAUGGCACCAAGAGGAAUAGCAAUACGCUACUGUGGAUAGCAAGUUGGUGUCCACCAUACCUAGCUUUCUGUGUAGUUCAUUAUGCAUUUUGCUACAAAAAAUGCCUAAAAGAUGUUCCAGAUCCUCUUUGAAUUGUUACAGAUACUAAUUUAGGGAGCAGGGAUUAGUUUGCAUUUCAUUUGCCGGUAUAUUUAUUUUUUUCUAACAAGUAUUUAUCAUUCAAUUAAAAUGGAGUCACUAAACACAUGGUAAGAUAACAAGCUAUGGUCGUACGGUUGCAAUACAGCUUCACAAUUCAAAGUUAAUUGAUUCUACUUGUUAAUUUUGUCAGAUCUCACUGAUGAAGGCAAUCAUUUGAAAAUGUGUAAUUUCCUGAUGUUAUCUGCAUUGUAAUAUACGGAAUAGAUUAUAUCUAAAAUUCAACUUCUGUAUUUACUCCAUUUGUAAGAAUGUUUUAUAUGGCAUGUUUAUGUAUAUAUUUAUAUAUCGAAAAUACCUUGUAUGUGAGUUUUGGAGACUGAAAUAAUAUGCGUUCCCUUAACAGUAGGUAGAAAAUUGUACAUCUUAAUUUUACGAGGAUAGAAGGCCUUACCUGCAGAACAUGGGUACUGCUUCCCACCCAGUAAUGUCGGUGACUUUAGCCAGUGAUUUUUUAAAUUCAUAUUACACACAUUCGUGCUUUUCCUUUCAAAGUAAAUUAUGGAUAAUUUGGGAAUUCUUUCUUAUAGAAGCAACACUAAAAAUUAAUAGAAAUUAAUUCCAGAUUUAUUUAAAAGUUAUAUUUUUAUAAUUUAAUUUCACUAGGUUGCAAAUUUUAUUUAUGAGACUUUAGUCACCAUCAGACUGUGCAUUUUAGUCGGGGAAAAAAUGUGUUAUUUGAGGUGGUUGUGACUGUGUCAACACGGAAAAAGAGCUUUUGAUUAUGAAGUCUUAAGUUUUUAAAUGUGAGCAAUAAAACUAUGGGUCAGUGUACUGGAAUAAUUUAAGAACUAUAGUUACAUGCAUGUUUUGUAAUGCCAUCAACAUAUACCUAACAGCUGGUUCAGAAAACAGAGUUAUCAAAAUCUCAUGUGCUUGUUUCACGUUUGCAUUGUAAAUAACAUGGGUUCGUAGCAUACACCCGCAAACGAUCUUACAGACCUGGCAGCAAUUAACGCAGUUUUAUUCAUUGAAUUCAUUUAUAUUUGACAUGGAUAUGAGGAUACUGUUCUGGUAUUUCUACUCUAUACUGGGAAAUGUUAAAAUUGGUAUUUACCGCUGAGCGGUAUCUUAAUAACAGUGUGUUUUCUAACUACCGAUGAGGAAAUGAGUUCUGUUUCUGUGAUACCGGUGUGCUCUAAAUGUUUAACAGAAAUCACUGUGCCUGUGCCUACAUACUUACCAACCCUUCAGCCGUUUUGUUUCUGUUUGUUAGUGUGUUCUCUGGGAACUGAACUUAAAAUUUUACCGCGAUAGUGUUCAUUAUUGUCAAUAUUGAACUAGAGCUCUUCGUCACUUGGCAAUGACCAGUGAUACAACUUUACAGAAAAAUGUCUUCCUCCAGUGAUUAGACUGCUGUGAUAUAUAUUUGCAUAUGUUUAUUUGUACAGUGUCCGGUUUGUACAUGUGAUCAGUUUGUUGAUAGACUUGUAAGAUUGAGUUGGUUGAGUUAAAUAUUACUAUGGCUUAAUAUUUGUAAAACUAUUCAUUGAUAAAGGACCCUGAUGCAGCACGUAGGAUAUAUUAAUAUCUAUAAAAAAAAUAAAUUGUAGUGUAGAGACAACUUAUUCGCUGUAUUGCUGUACAAAUAUUUUUCAAGUACCAAUUCUGAUUCUGUGCCAGAGGCUUUUGUCUUACCAAAAAAAGGCUACAUACAACACAAAAUAGUCUGUCCAUUCGGUAACUUCAAGCUUGUUACAAUUUUUACACCACAUUGUUAAAUCUUUUGCUCACGUUUGUUGGAUCAAGGACUGCAAGUAAAUGCUAAAGCAUGUGAUUUGAAUUUAGGCAGAUAUUAAAUGGUUGACUGGUUCUAUGAAAGCUUAACUGGAUGGGACCCUUUCACCCCAUACUUACACAGUAGAUUGGAGUUUAGAGGUUUCCAGCCUCGUUUUCAUCAACUCUUGUACUUAAUUUUGAAGCAUGCAAAUCUUGCUGAGAUGAUUUUAACAUAAUGCUGGUCAAUCAAGGUACAGCCAUACCACAAUAGUUACGUUGUGUCCUGAGUCCUUAGCUUACUCUGAAGGUAGUGUAUUUUGUCCACAGUAGGUUUGUUUUUUUCCAAAGGUUUUUCUUUUUGCCUUUUUUUUUUAACACAGUUGAGUGUGUAACAAGAAUUUACGUACAACUCUGCAAGAGCGCUGUGAUACAGAAGGAAGAGGGUUUUAAAACCUCACCUAGAAACAGCAAAAGCUCAUUUUCUGUUUACUACCUAAUGAAGACAAAUUAGCUGUGUAAAAUUGUUAUAGAAUAUAUUUUCUUUCAUCCCUGAAGUUCUUCUAACAGAUUGGUUUCCAGGGGGACCUAGAUAUUCAACUGAUAAAAGGGCUGUUAGCUUUCUGCUGUAAAUUAUUGUAUAUACGUGCUUGUUCAUAUGCAGAGGAAAGCGUAUUAAACCUCAUAAAAUUGGCCAAGGCUUGGCAGUGUGUUUCCAAGAGCAACUCUGACACUGACAGCUUCCGUAGCUCCCGUUUUUGAACCGGGAAUACAGCUUGUACACCACCUUCUGUGUCUGGGGGAAACGUCAGGUAGCUUUUAAACUAGAGCUAACCUUGAGGUGCUCUUGCAUUUGAGCUAAUUUUAACAUGGGAAUUCGCCGUGUCGUUUCACUGUGUGUUAGAGGAGGAAACAUGCCGAGAAAGCUAGAUUAGAAGGCAUCUUAAAUGCAGAAAAAGGCAAUUAGCUUUUUUUUGUGGUUUGUUUGGGGUUUUUUUUUUUUUCUUCCCCCGAGGGUAUAACAGCCUCAAGGCACUCUAGAGAGAAACCGUAUAUGCUGCAAUAAAAUAAAGGUGAAUAAAUUUAGCUUUUUGGGGGUAGGUAGUGAGACAAGUAGUCAUUUGGAUCCUUUUUAAUGCAGAUAAAUACAUCAGGAAAUUCACUUCAAAUAAUGCAAACAAUACAUUUUAGGGAGGGGAGGUAGUACUAUAGUAUGAAUUUCUACCCUGAAAGAACGAAGAACGAGGUCAGACAAACUAGGAGUAGAAAGAAACCUAAGUACCUAUGGUGUACACAUGCCUGUAUGAUGUACAUGUACUAUUUUGUGCUUACAGCCGUGUGUGUUGGUUUGCAAAUACUUUGAGACCAUAGAGAAGUUACAUUUUUGGACCAUACUAAAACUUCAGAAGUGUGGCGGACAACUGGAUAAUGAUCUUGCGUGAAUUAAAUUGUCAUAAUGUUUAAAUAUGUAUAGAAUGGAGCUCAACUUCGAGGAAAUGACCUAGAAAGGUUAAUUUUGAAACUGACACAUUUUCAGAUUAAAAAUUACGCUUAUUUUGUACAGAAUUAUGUAAAACACAAAUCUGUUGUAUGUAAUGAGUAACAGUUUUGAAAACUAUAAUUCUUUAGCUUUAUCAAGGUUUUUUUUUCCUUCCAGAAAUCUGGAUUAUCAUGUUAUAACCUGAAGUAUCUCACCAGGAUAACAGUGCCCUUUCUUUUUGUACAUACGGAUUGGAAAUUUCUUUACUGUUACGUGGACACUUUCUAUGUUAGUUUUGAUGCAUAAUACUUUGAAUCCUUUUAUACAAACUAGAAUGUAUGUGUAAGAAUUACUGUCACUGCAAUGUAGUAACUACAAACUUAUUUUUAAAUAAAUAGAAAACAUGUUUUUCUAAGCUGUCCAACAGUGUUUGUUUCUAUCAGGCCAUGUACUGCGUUACGGGACAAUUGCUUACGCGUUCCUCAAAACAGCCUAAAAACAAUUUGUUUGGAUUCCCCAUGGAAUAGCGUGGCAUAGCGUAUCACGUGGGAACAGGCAAAAUUACAACCAGAGCCCUCUGACAGAGAUCAAAACUUGCUCCUUUGUAGGGUUUUUCACUGAAACCCACCAUUCUGGAGGCACUACAAAGGCACUAGCAGCCACUAGAUGCCAUCUUGGCUCACAUGUGCAGCAGGGCACCCACAGAAGC